AUGAAGGAGGAGGACGGCGUCGGCACCUGCGCCUGGCUUCGAGCCCUAGCGGAGCGGCGCAUCGACGACACCCUCAUAGUGCGGUGGGCGAGCAGGUUCCAGCACCCCGUGCCCCGCACCCUGCUGGGCAAGGCCGCGGUUUCCAUACGGCAUCUGGAUCUCCACUGCUGCCGCCUUGGCCCUCCUAAUGUCGUCCAUUCUUCGGUGCCGACUGUUGAGUAUCUUGACUAUCUAUACCUGUCCGACGUGAUCAUCUCUGAGACGGCACUCCACCGCAUGAUCGAGGCCUGCCCUGUUCUCCGGGAGCUGCAUCUCUUCAUGAUCCACGGACUCCACCGCGUUUCCUUUCGCUCCUGCACCCUUACGACCAUGUCCAUGAGCACGCCCAGUGUCCCUCUCGACGAGUUCUCCGUAAGGGACACGCCAGUCCUUCAAAGCAUCACCUUCACGCACAUUGAUCUCUGGUGUAUACCAAAUUUUGCUGUUAAUUUUGGCAAGCGGAGGCUUCCAGAGUUUGUGCUUAAGCUGCCGAGCUUGGGCUCGCCGAGCCUUACUACUUUUUCUAAUAAGAUAGCCUUGCCCUUUGUAACCUCGCUCGUCUUCGGUAUGAAAUUCACAAACGGCGAAGAGCUAACCAAAGCUAUACACCUCUUAACCUUAUUCACAUGUUUGCAACGUCUCGAGAUAUUGGUAACUAUGCUGCAUGCUUUGCUUUCUAUCUACGAGCCUGGUGCCUGUCUUAUGUAG